GUGACCCGCUGGCUCUUGCCAUGGCGGCGGGAGUGACCAUUGGCGGGGGGGGGGGGUGGUGUAAGCUGCUCGUUGCCAUGGCGACCUCCCCACGGCACCCACAGCAGAGUGGACGGGGCUAGGAGCGGGGGGCGGAGCUCUCCGUUUCACGUGACUCUGGGGCCACGCGCCUUUCCUGCUCUUUCUCCGCCCGCGGCCGCUUUGGCGCAUUGCGGUUCAGCGGCAACCAAUCAGGGUGGCGCUUUCAGCCCGCCGCGCCUCCCCAGCCAAUGAGGCGGCGGCGCACAGCGAACGAGAGGGAUCCUUCCGCCGGGGGCGGGCCCUGACGGGGGUAGGGCCUGCGGAAGGAGCGGGGCCAGAGGGGGAUCUGCGGUCCUGCGGAGGAGGAGCCUCUCGCCGCCACAGGAACGCCAUGGCUGACCAGCUCACUGAGGAGCAGAUUGCAGAGUUCAAGGAGGCGGUCUCGCUCUUUGACAAGGAUGGGGGUGGCACCAUCACCACCAAGGAGCUGGGCACUGUCAUGCGCUCACUGGGCCAGAACCCUACCGAGGCUGAGCUGCAGGACAUGAUCAAUGAGGUGGAUGCCGAUGGCAACGGCACCAUCGACUUCCCCGAGUUCCUCACCAUGAUGGCGAGGAAGAUGAAGGACGCGGAUAGCGAGGAGGAGAUCCGUGAGGCUUUCUGCGUCUUUGACAAGGACAGGAAUGGGUACAUCAGCGCGGCAGAGCUGUGGCACGUGAUGACCAACCUGGGGGAGAAGCUGACGGAUGAGGAAGUGGAUGAGAUGAUCCGAGAGGCCGACAUCGAUGGUGAUGGACAGGUCAACUAUGAGGAGUUUGUGCAGAUGAUGACGGCGAAGUGAGGGGUAUGAGGCCACCAGGAACCCCCCCUGCUGCCACCACCUGUCCCUGCCUCCAAGAGGUCCCCAGGCCCCCCCUGCACCCCAGACCCACCAUUCAGGGGCACCGAUGGGGGUGCUGGGAGGGGGAACCCCACCAGGACAGAGGGACCCCAAACCCUCCAUAGGGGCUUUGGGGGAGGGUAUGGGGGGGACGCCAUUUCCCCAUAGAGGGUUUGGGGGGAUCCGGGGCAGAUCCAGGGUCCUCCUCCACAGCAGGACCCCCUUUGCCCCAGGAGAGUGUUUUGGGGCAUUUCAGUGGGAUUUUGGGUCUCAGGAGGGUUGGGGAUCCCUGGGUGUGGGGAACUGGGACCAGGCCCUGGUUUUGGGGCAUUUUGGGGGGCAUUUGGGGCCCUUUUUUUUUUGGGGGGGGCACACCAAGCUCUGGUUUUGGGGCAUUUGGGGAGAAUUUUGGGCCUUGGGGAGGGUGGGACCAGGCCCUGAUUUUGGGGGAGAAGUGGGGGGGCUACAGGCCCCCCCCCGUCCGGGCGCUGUCAUGGGCGGCUAAAGCUGUGAAAUAAACCACUGGUUUUACAGUU